AGUAGUAGUAGUAGUAGUAGUAGAAGUAGCAGUAGUAAUAGUAGUAGUAGAAGAAGUAGCAGUAGUAAUAGUAGUAGUAGUAGUAGUAGUAGUAGUAGUAGUAGAAGUAGUAGCAGUAGUAAUAGUAGUAGUAAUAGUAGAAGUAGUAGUAGUAGUAGCAGCAGUAGUAGUAGAAGUAGUAGCAGUAGGAGCAGUAGUAGCAGCAGUUGUAGUAGUAGUAGAAGUAGUAGCAGUAGCAGCAGUAGAAGCAGUAGUAGUAGUAGCAGCAGUAGUAGUAGUAGAAGUAGUAGCAGUAGCAGCAGUAGCAGUAGAAGUAGUAGAAGUAGUAGCAGCAGAAGUAGUAGCAGUAGUAGUAGUAGAAGUAGUAGCAGUAGCAGCAGUAGUAGCAGCAGUAGUAGCAGUAGCAGCAGUAGUAGCAGUAGUAGUAGUAGCAGUAGCAGCAGUAGUAGCAGUAGU